AUGAACCACGCCACUUCUUCGUCCUCCGUCGACAUCAUCCUCGGUGAUCUUGUCUUGGAGGACAUGGACCGCUUCUGCAUGAACGAGCUCUUCUCGGACGUGUCCUUCCUUGUGGGGGAUCAGAGCCUGCCGGCGCACUCCGUAAUUCUAGCCGCGCGGAGUGAGUACUUCUGUGCCAUGCUCUACGGAGGCAUGUCCGUGUUAAAUGAGCGCCAGAUUCGACUGGAAUCUGUGCCGCUGGAGGCAUUCAAGGUAAUCCUCCGCUAUCUGUAUUCGGGCAAGCUACACAUAUCCACACUGGACGCCAGCUGUGAAGUGCUCGGUUUGGCCAAUAUGUAUUGCUUGCUGGAAGUCGAGUCGGCCCUAGUUAAACAUCUGCUGGAGAAUAUGACCGUCAGCAACGUGUGGAUGAUCCUGGAUAUGGGUCACACCUAUAAUCUUUCUCAGUUGGCAAACGGGUGCCUGAAAUAUAUCGACAACAAUGGAGACCAAAUGCUAGAGCACGACUCAUUCCAAAUGCUCUCGAAGCAAUCACUUGAGGAAGUCCUCCGACGGGACACCUUCAAAGUCCGCGAAGUAAAAAUCUUUAAGGCGGUAUGCAAAUGGAAUCUGCACAAUCCGAACGAGGAUAUCAAGUCAGUGAUGUCGCUCGUGCGGCUUUCGCUUAUGUCUGCCGAUGAGUUAAUACAGGUGGUGCGUCCUUCUAAGAUCGUCGAGCCGGAAAAAAUAGCCGUCGCCAUUGAAAAAGCGCUUCUGCCGAAGAAUCAGAAUUUGCCCUAUCGGUGCACUAAUUACCCGGACAAGGAUGUGAAAUUUUUAAAUUCCUCAACGGAAGGGAUCUUUAUCGAUCUGAGUUGGUGGUGGUUGAUCAACUGCAUGUGUCUUCUACCUGCUAAGCCCUUCGAUACUUGGAACUGCGCCAUGGAGGUCUCUUGCGACAUGACCCACUGGGAUCGCGCUGGAACUGGCACAUUUCAAUUAGCCAUACAUUGCGAAUAUAUCACCUUCACAACGCGACCUGUUCGCUACAUUCGCAUGGUGGAUACUGAGAGUGGACUCGUCUGCAGGAUAUUUUCGGACAGCCUCAACUUCUGGCACAGGGCGGCAGAACUCUUGCGCCUUUUGGUGCUGGUAUUCUGCAAGAGGUAUGAUAUGCUGAUCCUGGAGUCCAUGAAGGACUCCUGGAACUCUGUUGCUGCUUGUGGCUAUCCAUGA